AUGCUUCGACAAACAGCUCUCUUCGCCCUAGCCCUCGCGGCUCCUACCAUCGCCCAAGUUACCGAGGGCUUCGAAAACGGCUGGGAUCAAACUGCAUGGCCUACCUACGCUCCAGACUGUUCUCAGGGUGGUAAAGUCACCCUAGACAGCUCGACAGCACAUACAGGCAAGAACAGCAUCCGCGUCGAUGGAGCAGGAGGGUUUUGCGGACAUAUCUUCGUUGGCACGACGAAGAUCCCCGCUGGCGACGUAUACGUGCGCACAUAUGUGUACGUUCUCUCGCUCCUCCUUCUCCGUCCCUAUCCCAUCCGUCUCGAGGUUUCCACUCAGACAAGGAUUGUCAAGAAAACCUCCAACUAA